GGGAACAACAUUAAUUCGAUAUUAUGUUGGAUACAAAACUCUGAAUUGAAUACACAAAUCCAUCCAGCCCAAUGAGCCAAAGCCCAUACAGCCAUGAAGAAAUUAUGGGGGGGCAAAAUUGGCUAUAUCUGACAAAAUGAGAAAAUCCUAAAGAAAGAAAGCAAUGGCAAAUUGGCAAUCGACCAAUUCACUUACGCUUCUGGCGCUUGAAUUUAACCCUUUUCUGGUCGGCUAUGAUGUCCGGGCUUCGGACUUUGGUUUCAUAGGUUGAAUCUUUUGAAGGUUGUGGUUGAUGGAAUCUGGUGUUUGGGGUUUAAAAAUAAUUCGCUUGAAAAUUUAUUGGAUUUUGAGAGGUAGACGAGUGGUUUUUGGUUGUAGGGUUUGGUUGGAAAUUCUAUGGCAAGUAAUGGGGUUCCAGCAUUGGGUCGGGUCAACCUAGCUGAUCUCAUGCCCUGUGAGGGCAUCCCUUCUGAUGCAUACAAGCUGUCAGUUUCAACUUUGUCUCAGUCUUUGGUUCAGUAUUCAGCUGCCAUCAUCCAGUUUCCAGGGAGUGAUGCUGCUCUUUUAAGGUCUUGCCUCGAUUCUGCUCGGCUUUACUUCCAGCAAAAACCAGCUUACCCUUGUUCUGCUGAUAUUAUUCAUAACCAAGAUGACACCCGUGAUUGGUGUAAGAGUUCUGGUUACCGUGCUGAUACUCAGCUUUGGCAAGAAGUCUACGACUUUAGACCAGGGCUUACUCCCAUUGAGCCAAAUAAUGAUGGGAUAAUUGAGUUACCUCCUUCUGGUCUGGUGGAUGUGUUUUCAUUACUUGGGAAGGCUGCAAGGGACGUUCUUGAUGCUGUUAGCUUCUAUUUGAACUUGCGUAGUAAUCCGUUUACUGAGAUUCUUGAUAAUGUGCCCCUUAGGAAUCGUGAAAUUUCGUCCUCUGUGCUCUCUGUUUGUUGUCAUGCGAGGCCAUCUUUUCAGGGAGCUCAUGAACAUCAUAAUAGUUUGACAACAACCCAAGAUGACAGUGGUCAGCUAGUGAUGUUUUCAGAUAAUCAAGAACAUCAUCAUGAGGUCGAUAGGAGUCUCGUAACCAUAGUCAAGUCUGAUAGGGCUGGUUUACGCAUCAGGGAUUUUCAGGGCCAAUGGGUUCUUGUGGAUGGUGAUCUUGGUCCCCAAGAAGCGGUUCUUUAUCCAGGAUUAGCGCUGUACCAGGCGACUGCUGGUUAUGUUUCUCCUGCAAUGCAUCGUCCAGAUAAUACGGGUAUUGUUCAGGACAGUAACAUGUAUGGACGCUGUUCAGUAGCCUUUAAGUUGAUGCCUAAAUCCACGACUAACCUUAACUGCUCGGAGAUGAGAGCAGCUGGUCACGGUGUAGAGGCCCAGUUCCAGCUUCCCGUGCCGGUUGAUGAUUUCAUGCAGAGAUCCACUGAUCAACUUUUGAGUAGAAACAACUUCCCAACAUUUAAUUACCCAACAUCUCAAGAUGGUAUCCUUGGAUGAAUGAAAUACUGGUACAGGAUCUUUAAAACCUAUGGUCAAAAAGAAAAAGAAUAGUUCGAGAUCAAAGCCUCUUCCACCUUCAAAGAGGCUUCGAUUAGAGGCGCAGAGAGUGCUCAAAGAAAGAGUUCAAGAUAUAGCUGAUAAAAAAGGCAUUAAGCUUCGGUUUUGCCUCCUAAAGGAAUGCGAGAACCACAUCCACUCGCUUGAUAGUCCUUGCGCGAGUUUGAGAAUGGAACUUGGGUGGCCCCAAGGAGUUCCAUUCGUUCAUCCCCACGAUCUCCCGAACAAGGCUAAAAUUGGAUUUCUCGAAACAUAUGAACCGGGUUGGUCUUCAAGUCAGGAUAUGGAGUUGAAUCUUGUUGAACCUGGGCAGCAAUCAAGUCAUCAGCACCACCCAGCUAAUUGUAGCUGUAAGUUCCAUUUAAAUUCUACCAUCCGCAUCAGCAUUAUGCUUUUGGUUUUAUAAAAUAUAAAAAACCCUCCAAAAUCUGAAAAAAAAAAAAAAACAAUGUGUAGUUAGGCAGUUUGCCCUGUUCUUUUGGUCAUUUUGUGACUGCUUUUCUGCUGACAUCAAAUUGUAUAGACAGCUCUUUAUACUUGUUUCUGCAAUACUCAAUAUGUCCUUUUUUGAUUUAUACCAAAUUGAGCAAAAUGUUACUUUAAACUUUGUUUUCGCAGGAAUGCACACUGACCUUAUCCCAAUAUCUAGAGCGAGGCCUUGUUUUCCAGAGUCUGAAUCUCUUCGCCAAGGCGUAUAUUUAGUGUUCUUUUUGUACAUGAUUGCAUAUUUCACCAUUAAUGUUGGGAGGACCAGGAUCUGCUUGGUGCUCAUUUCAUUCACUUGUAUCGUGACAUGAAAAAGUACGGCAGUCUGUAAAGAAGGAAAAAUCUGAUCUUGUGUGUGUGUGCGUGUGUGUGCGUGUGUGUGUGUGUGUGUGUGUUUUUUUUUUUUCUUUGGUGGUGUUGGUUCUUUUUCAAAUCAAAAGAAACAACUGGCCUUUCUUUCCCAUAAACAUCGAC